AUGGAGUUCACCCUCGCCCUUCUGCUCUAUGUGAUCGUCCAGUUCAUCGCGUUCCUCUGUGUGCUCAUGGGCACGCCCAUCGACAUGUUUCACCUGAGGAUUGGGGGGCGAUUUGGCAACACGCCCUGCAUUACGUUGUGGGGGUUAAAUGAGCAGUGCUACACCAGCAGGAACGAUAUAAGUUUGGAGCAGCUCUGGAUGGAUUGCCCGAUCCGCCGGGACCGUUUCCGCAGAGCUCAGGUGUUUGCUAUCAUCUCCAUCUGCGUGUACGGCCUGGCUGCCCUCCUAGGCUUCAUUGCGCUGUGCUGCUGCUCGUGCCUCCGCUGGGUCUGCCUGGCGCUCAACAUCGCCGGCAUUGCCACGCUGGGCAUCGUGUGGGCCUCCAUGGUGGUGGUCUACUACUAUGUGGAUGGCCGCUGCAUAGAUGAGGUCCUCAUGUCUGUUUUCGGCUCCGGCUUCGUGCUCUUGGUGAUCGCAUGGUGCCUGGACAUCAUCAACAUCGCCUUCUUGCGGCUCCCGUGGCAGGCGAGAGACCCGAGUAAGAGCCUAGAGACGAGUGAAUAG